UAUUAAACCUUAAUUUUAUUAAAGUCUCUCUUUAGUUUCACGACAGUCAGGAAAAAUUGCGGAAAUCAAAAAAGAAGGAGGAAAAGAAGAAUUGAGUUCAAUAAAUAAACGAGAGUGUAGAAAUUAAUUACUAUUUAAUUCCAACUGAAAAUGUCAAUUCUCACUAAAGAAAGUACUACGAAAUUGAGAUACAAUGAGAUGAAAAUGCCAAUUAUUGGAUUUGAUAGCACAUUUCAUAGGAUAUGUGUAAGAGAUAGUUUUCAGGAUAUCGAUGACAAAGUAAGAGAAGCUUUAUCAGAAGCAAUUAAUGCCGGAUAUAGGCUUGUAUUUUGUGAUCCAUUUGUUAAGGGAAAUGAAAGAGCAGUUGGAGCAGCUUUAAAGGAAAAAUUCCAAGACAAAAGAGUCGAGAGGGAGGAACUUUUCAUCGUAACGAAGGUUUACAUGGAUUUAACCUAUACACCUGGCUUUGUAGAAACUUCGGUUAAAAAAUCACUGGAAGCUUUGGGUUUGGAUUAUCUGGAUAUGAUCCUACUUUUCUGUUCUGUAUACAGUGAGACUAAACCAUAUGGACCAGAUUAUACAGAGGCAUGGAGGGGAAUGCAAAAUUGUUAUUACAAAAAAUAUACAAGAUCACUUGGAUUGUGUAAUUUCUCGUCAAAUAAAAUAGAACGUAUUUUAAAAUUAGCGGCAAUUAAACCAAGUGCCAAUCUAAUGGAGUGCAAUAUUUUUAGGAAUUGCAAAGAACUGCGUAAAUAUUUGAAAAAACAUAAAAUUGUUUUACUCUCGAAUGAUUUAUAUGGAUCGGUUGGUAUUGCGACAAUUGAUCCAGGAAGAGAAUCACCUGACAAAGUACAUCUCAAUCAAUUAAUUCCAAUUAAGGAGUUGAUGGAAAAAUAUAACAAGACUGCAUGUCAGAUAGCCAUUAGAUAUCUCAUUGAAACCGAUACAAUUCCACUGAUAAAAUCCGGAUUGGACACAAGUAUUCAGGCAAAUAUAGAUGUAUUCGAUUUUAAUAUAGAAAAAAGUGAAAUGAAAAUUCUCAGUUCGAUUGAUAAUGGAACGUAUGAUCCAAAUUUGAAACUAUAUAACAGAUACCCGGAAGACUAUGCUUAUAUAUAGAUUUAUCUGAUU